AUGGCAUCCAGAUUCUGGACUCAGGGCGGAAGUGAUUCCGAGGAGGAGGAGAGUGAUUAUGAUGAGGAGAUCGAAAUCACGGCGGGUGAAUCUGCUAGUCAAGCAGUGACUAGCAGGUACCUGCAGGACAAUGCUAGUGACAGUGAUGAUUCCGAUGGGCAGAAGCGUGUUGUGCGGUCGGCAAAAGAUAAGCGUUUCGAGGAGAUGGCGUCUACUGUUGACCAGAUGAAGAAUGCCAUGAAGAUUAAUGAUUGGGUGAGCUUGCAAGAGAGCUUCGAUAAGAUUAACAAACAGCUUGAGAAGGUUAUGCGUGUCACUGAGUCUGAGAAGGUUCCGAAUCUCUACAUCAAGGCGCUUGUGAUGUUGGAAGAUUUCUUGGCUCAGGCUUUGGCUAAUAAAGAUGCCAAGAAGAAGAUGAGUAGUAGCAAUGCUAAGGCUUUGAACUCCAUGAAGCAGAAGCUGAAGAAAAAUAAUAAGCAGUACGAGGAGUUGAUUAAUAAGUGUAGGGAGAAUCCCGAGAGUGAGGAGGAGAAGGAAGAGGAGGAGAGCGAGGAGGAGUAUGAGAGUGAUGAUGAGAUUAUUGAGCCGGAGCAGCUUCGGAAACCUGAAGCAAAGUCUGAUUCUGAAGCCUCUCAGUAUGAUGAUGAAAAGCCAGAUGCUGGUGAUGGUCCUUGGGACCAAAAGCUUAGCAAGAAGGAUAGGCUAUUGGAUAGACAAUUUAUGAAAGACCCUAGUGAGAUCACAUGGGACACUGUUAACAAGAAGUUCAAAGAGGUUGUGGCUGCUAGGGGCAGAAAGGGGACUGGGAGAUUUGAACAGGUUGAGCAGCUUACCUUCUUAACAAAGGUUGCUAAGACGCCUGCGCAGAAGUUGGAAAUUCUGUUCAGUGUGGUUUCUGCUCAAUUUGAUGUUAAUCCAGGGCUCAAUGGGCAUAUGCCCAUAAAUGUAUGGAAAAAAUGUGUGCUAAACAUGCUGGUCAUUCUUGAUAUUCUAGUGCAGCAUACAAACAUAGUGGUUGAUGAUUCGGUGGAACCAGAUGAGAACGAAACUCAGAAAGGGAUUGACUAUAAUGGACCAAUUCAGGUCUGGGGUAACUUAGUUGCUUUCUUAGAAAGAAUUGAUGUUGAGUUUUUCAAGAGCUUGCAGUGCAUAGAUCCUCAUACACGGGAUUAUGUUGAGAGACUCAGGGAUGAGCCCUUGUUUCUGGUUCUUGCUCAAAAUGUUCAGGAAUAUCUCGAAAGAGUUGGAAAUUUCAAAGCUGCUUCUAAGGUGGCCUUGAGGAGAGUUGAGCUCAUUUACUACAAACCACAAGAAGUUUAUGAUGCAAUGAAAAAAUUGACUGAGCUGGCAGAGGAUGGAAAUGAUGGUGGGGAGGCAAGUGAGGAGUCAAAAGGAUUUGAGGAAUCAAGAAUUCCUACUGCAUUUAUUGUUACCCCAGAGAUUGUUGCUCGGAAGCCCACAUUCCCUGAUAAUAGCAGGACCAUAAUGGAUGUAUUGGUAUCAUUGAUAUACAAGUACGGAGAUGAGCGAACUAAAGCACGUGCAAUGCUCUGUGAUAUAUACCACCAUGCUCUUCUUGAUGAGUUUUCAGUUGCCCGUGAUCUACUUCUUAUGAGUCAUCUGCAAGAUAGUGUUCAACAUAUGGACAUUUCAACGCAGAUACUUUUUAACAGGGCUAUGUCACAGUUAGGUUUAUGCGCUUUUCGGAUUGGACUGAUUUCUGAAGCACAUGGCUGUCUGUCUGAACUGUACUCUGGCGGAAGGGUGAAAGAGUUACUUGCCCAAGGUGUGUCACAAAGUCGCUAUCAUGAGAAGACUCCAGAGCAGGAAAGGUUGGAAAGAAGACGGCAAAUGCCAUAUCAUAUGCACAUCAAUCUUGAGCUCCUGGAAUCAGUACAUCUGGUAUCUGCCAUGCUGCUGGAAGUUCCUAAUAUGGCAGCCAAUGUUCAUGAUGCAAAACGCAAAGUUAUAUCUAAGACUUUCCGACGCUUGCUUGAGGCUAGUGACAAGCAAACAUUCACUGGUCCACCAGAAAAUGUCCGAGAUCAUGUUAUGGCUGCCUCUAGGUUUCUUAUAAAGGGAGACUUCCAGAAGGCUUAUGAUAUUAUUGUGUCCCUUGAUGUAUGGAAAUUUGUGAGAAAUCGAGAUGCUGUGCUUGAAAUGCUGAAAGACAAAAUCAAGGAGGAGGCAUUGAGGACAUACCUCUUUACCUUCUCUUCUUCUUAUGAAUCCUUGAGCCUGGAUCAACUUACAAAAAUCUUUGAUCUCUCUCUUUCUUGUACUCAUAGCAUUGUCAGUAGGAUGAUGAUCAAUGAGGAGCUUCAUGCGAGCUGGGACCAGCCAACUGGGUGUAUUGUUUUCCAAGAUGUUGAGUACUCUAGGCUGCAGGCAUUGGCAUUCCUGUUGACAGAGAAAUUAUCUAUUCUGGCAGAGAGUAAUGAAAGAGCAACGGAAGCAAGGAUAGGUGGUGGUGGAUUGGAUCUGCCUCUAAGGCGAAGAGAUGGCCAGGACUAUGCUGCCGCCGCUAGUGGAACAGCAUCUUCAGGUGGUAGAUGGCAAGACCUUUCCCUUUCUCAGCCAAGGCAAAGCAGUGGGCGUGCAGGAUAUGGUGGUGGUGGUGGAAGGCCAAUGACUUUAGGUCAAGCAGCCGGGAGUGGAUAUUCCAGGGACCGAAUGGGAAGAGGAACAGGUGGUGGCUAUCAGAGUGGAAGAUAUCACGAUGGUUCAUAUGGAGGUUCUGGGAGGACUGCUCAAGGGGGUUCUGCAUUGAGGGGACCCCAGGGCGAUAUAUCUACACGCAUGGUUAGCCUUAAGGGUGUUCGAGCUUAA